AUGGGUGUGGUAUUUAUAGAUCUAUCAGUGUUGUUUGUCAGAGACCAAGAGAUAUUGGACAUUAUACACCUCGCCAACCCUUUAGUCUCAACUGACCUUGACAUCUUGCUGUUUGAUUGUAUAGAUGCUCCUUUCUGGUUUUGCCAGAUCACUUCGCAGAAACUUCAUUUCAAUAUCUGCACCUUGUUUUACAGCGUAUAUUAUCUACAGUGA